AUGGUUGUUGACCGAGACACACUGGUACAACACGACCACGUUGAUCGCUCUUGGUUUGGUGACGAUUACACCCCUUUCAAAUCCUUCGUAGAGGAUUUGUCUGGGAAUAUAAUUCCAGUAGUCGGAAUUGGAAGUGUCGAACUCCCCACCAAGACUUCCCCGUUCAAGACCGGUCCGAGGUCGCACGGAACGCUCCGCUUGAGAAACGUGCUACAUGCCCCUAGCAUUUUUUGCAAUCUCAUCGGACGCCCUAUCCAGGAUGACUAUAAGCUCAACUGUGGGAUUCCCAAGCAUCCCUCGGUUUCCUCUGGCUCUAUUACCCUCCGCUCCGAUGGCCGCUCCGUAGCCUACUUCAAACCUAUGUAUGGCCGCGUCAGGUUCUGGGAAGUCCGGCUCAGUGGGCCCCCGGUUGGCCCCCGGGUUGGCCCGUCGCCUUUUAACGCGUCUGCUCGCUAUGCGCUCCUCGUCUUCUGGCCUGAGAGUGAGAGUGAGAGAUUUGCGGCCUUACAAGCAUCUACUCCGAGGUUAAAGACAGCCAUACGAGCUGUAGUAAGAAUAGCCCAAUCGUCUCGAACUACAACACAGGCCGAGAAGGCAUGGAUAAAGGCGAAAUUUGGAAAUGAAUUCAGGUUUCUCAUGGUCUAUGGCCUAAGCAUAUACAAGGCUGAGGAUCGAGAAGAAGGUCGUCACAUUCUACGGGCACUCAUGUACGAUGACGAGUCGCGAGGGUGA